UUCUACGCCACAUCUUUUCUUUCCAAUUGACAGGAUGAGCGGCAGGAUGAGACCACACAGAGGAGUUAUUGAGGAAGAGGAUGCAUCCACUCUAAAGCUGGGUGCAGACUUUCAGGAUGCGCAUUGCUUGUUCGUAUCGGAGGUUAAGAUCUUGUUGGAUGCUUCUCAGCGACCAAACACAUCAGAGGUCUAUCAAAAGUCACUCAACUAUGUCACUCAGUUCAACCGAUUCACCAAUCCAGAUGUUGUGCGCGAAGUCAGAGCUGGCAUGAAUGAGGAACCGAUUCACUCUCUCUUGACAGGGUUUGAACUAGCACAGCUUGCUAAUCUUUGUUGUGAAGAAGCUGAGGAGGCCAAAGCAUUGAUUCCCAGUCUUGCCAACAAAAUCGAUGACGAGACUUUACAAAACUUUUUGAAUCAGACAUUGGAUCUCAAGAAGUUCCAAUCGUAAUGACACGAAAGCUCACAAGCGG